AUCUACCCUCACACCACAUCCUGUCAUGCAGCCGGACCACUCGCCUUGCGUGGCUCCGAACCUCCUGAUUUCAGGGAACGAACCGAACACCCCUCUCGGGCGGCGCUUCGAGGUUUGAGUGCUUCUGGCCCCGUUCUGAACCUUGAUCUCGUCGCGUGCUGCAUGCGACUUGGCGACGAAUCCUCUUGCGACUCUCAUUUUCCCGCGACGUCGCGUGACUCGAAGCAGAUGGCCUCGGUGGCCGUCCACGCGGCGAUCAUGGAGGGUCGCGAGCUUCGGUAACCGGCUUCGGGCGUAGCCAUGGCAACAUGGCUUCCCGAACCAACACCAAACCAAGAUCCACCUUCCCCCGAGCCCACACCGCAAGCGCGCUCCACUUUUCACCACCCAACCACUGCCUCUGGAGCCCCGGCGCGCUCGGAGUCGCACGCUGCGUCGCAGGUUCAGUCGCGCGAGCAGUUCUAUCGCCAUUCCAACCAGCCGCGCGGUCGGCCGACGUCCCGUCCGCGAUCCCGGUCGCGAUCCAAGUCAGGGCGCAAGGGCGGCAGCUCCAACAGCGCUAGCGGCGCUCCUAGCAGUAGUAGCUGCUCGUCUGGUCCUGGCGUCCCGCCCGCCUGCCUCGAUCACGGCGACGCACGCGGUGCGGGCGAGAGGGAGCGAGAGGCCGGCGUUGGCGGUGGCAGUGGAGGCGGAGAGUCGGCGCGAGCAAGGCACGGCGCAGGUGAGGCGGCCGCGAGGGGAGGAGGAGGCUCCGCAGCGGCGGAGGGACGCGAGCGCGCGACGGUGAGAGACGCGGGUGGCGGACGGGGUGGCGGCAGCCGCGCGAGCUAUAGGAACGAAUCGGCGCGGGAUUGCGGGCGGAACGUUGAGGUGGUGAUGGAGUGGAGGCGGGACGAGCAGGGCAGAGAGAGUGCGGUCGGAUUCGGCAGCAUGCGCAAGCAAGCAGCGUCAGCGGGUGACGUGGCACAGCACGCGGCAGGAGGCGUGAGGCGGUCGUCAGAUGGAGCGAUGGCGGAUCUGGAAGGCAGGUCGCCCAGCCGCACUGCGCGACUCAAGGAGACGAUGAGUGAUGCAACGCAUCUAGCCAAGACGCGCACUGGGUCCACAUCCGGCCCACUGCCAGUGCACAAGGGAGGGAUCACCAGAGGGCGGUUUCAGGUGAUAGAGGGCGACCAGUCAGACAGUGAGUCGGACGUGGCGCCAUGGCCCUCAGCCGCCACACCCUCAGGCAAGGCAGAGGCGGCUCCCGCCACUCCGACAGCGCCUCCAGCAGGGGCGUCUGGUCCCUUGCUUGCGCCAUCCCCCUUCACUGCAGCUGCAGCAACAGCCGCCUCUGCCGCACAUGCAGCAGCAGCAGCGGCAGCGGCAGCAGGUGCAAGUGGGUCGGUGGGAGCAGCGGCAGCAGGCAGAGGGUGCAAGGAGGGCAAUUCAUUGGCGUUGGAGCGGCGGCGCAUGUCCACGGCUGGCAGCGCGUCAUCGUCGUCCAGCCCCUACUACUCGCCCUCCUCCCACUCGCCCACGGCCCCCCACCCCUCCACCGACCUGCGCCACGGCCCGCUGCCUGGCUUUGCGGGCCCGCUGCGCUUCGAGGGUGGCAGCGCUGGGGGCAGCUGGCGUGGCACAGGCAGCAGCAGCGGCAGUGCGAGUGGCGUGGACGCAGGGCAGAGGAGCACGGGCAGCGGUGGCAGUGCGUUCGAGACAGGGCAGCGCAUGGGCAGCAGCGAGAGCUUGCUCAAGGAGGGGCCGAAGCCAGGGAGCGGCAGCAGUGGUAGCAGCGGCAGUGCAGGCGGGAGGGGGGUGCGAGGGGCGUGGGAGAGAGGCUCAGGCGCGGAGACAGGCGAAGGAGUUUAUGCUGGUGAGGGGCAUGCGCGGGAAGAGCAGGAGCGCGCGGUGGAGGAGUGGGAGGGCAAGGAGAGCGGGAGGCACGACAGGUGGGCUGGCGCAAGGGAUGCAGGGGGGCCCAGGGACGGGACAGCAGGGCGGGAUGGGGCAGGGGGUCGGCCCAAGGCGCGCAGUGAGCCGCUGGUGGGGGAGAAGGCUGCUGCAGCUGCUGGCGUGGGAGGGGGCAGGAGGAGCGCGCACACGGACAUGGUGGACAGGAGCCAGCGCGACGAAGGGCCAGCGGCAGCAGGCAGCAGUGGGCGCAGCAAGGCAGGAGGGACCAUGGUCUCCCGCUCGGCUCCCCUCACCCAUUCACAAGCACCAGCUGCUGCUGCUGCUGCCAGUGGUACUCCCAAGAGAGGGGCUACCCCCACAGGCGACGGGCAGGAGAGAUGGAAGGAGAGGGGGAUGAAGGAGGAGCGGGAAAGGGAAGAGCGGGGGAGGGAGGAGAGGGGGAGGGAGGAGAGGGGGAGGGAAGAGCGGGGGAGGGAAGAGCGGGGGAGGGAGGAAAGGGGGAGGGAAGAGUGGGGGAGGGAGGAAAGGGGGAGGGAAGAGCGGGGGAGGGAGGAGCGGGGGAGGGAGGAGCGGGGGAGGGAAGAGCGGGGGAGGGAAUUGCGGGGGAGGGAGGAGCGGGGGAGGGAAGAGCGGGGGAGGGAAGAGCGGGGGAGGGAGGAGCGGGGGGGGGAGGAGCGGAACCAGUUUGAGAGAGAGGCGGACGGCAGGAGGGCUGGUGGGGUGGAGAAAGACAGGAAGAGUUGGGGGAGGGAGAGGGAGGCGAGGAAGAGCGACGAGAAGGGGAAGGAGAGGGUUGAGGAGCGAGGUGAGCAGGGGAGAACGGGGGGGGGGACAGGGCGGGUGGACGGCAGGGAGAUGUGGGGCGAUCGAGAUGGGAGGAGGGAGGAGAAGGGUGGGAGGGAGAGUGCAAGGCCAGGGAGGAGCCGGGAGGAGCGGGGCAGGGAGGAGAGGGAGCGCGGGCUGGCUCAUGGGAGAGGGGUGGGGCGGGUGGGGGUGCAGCGCAGGGGGCGGUUCUCCGUCACCACGGAUGACGUGGAUGCCCAGGAUGGAGCGCCGCCCACUGUCAUGUGCACAUCCAGCAUGCACCGGCCACACCCCCAGGCGGCGCGUCUCCUUCCCCCGGCGCUGCUCUUUCCACGUGCGCCCUUGGCCAUGCACGUGCCUGUUGUCUGUGCCGCCCCGCCGCUGCUUCCUGCCAGGCGCCUCUCAGCGCAUCAGGCCACCUCUCGCCCGCCCCUGCCAGCGCCGGCGCCGCUGCUGCCAUCGCCUGUUGCGGCGCUGCCGUCGUCGCUGCCCGCGCUGCCCGCUGCUCUGGUGGCAGACGCGCUGCUGCUCGUGCCGCACCUGCGCACCCUGCUUCAGCACUCCUGCGAACAGCAGGAGGUGCUGUUCAACCUCAUCAAGGAGCUCGCUGCCGCACAUCCAGUUGUGAGCGCAGCACAGCAUCGGCCAGUGCUGGUGGCCGGCAUGCAGGUGAAGCUGCCGACGGACAAGGAGCAGGUGCUGAUGCUCAAGAUCGCAGAGAUGCAGUGCAAGGUGGCGAAGCUGGUGGACAACGUGCUCACGUACCGCAACCGCAAUGCACAGCUGCUGAAGCAGGUGGAGGUCUUCAAGCACCGCCAGACGGAGCGCAAGAGGCUUGUCGCCAUGGGGCCUGCACACGCCCACCCGUGACGCUGCUUCCGAUGAGGCGCACACUGUUCUAGCGGGCUAGGAGAAACCCAUGUGUGGUACUGUGCUCAGGUGCUGAUGCAGAUUGACAGUGGGUGGGUGGAUGCCCCAGAAUGUCAUUCGUUGUGGCUCACUGCUCGCAGUAUGCGAGAGCUCCUCCUCGUAGCUCGUUUCUUCGGACCGCCCUAGGAUGCAUGCACUUCUCUCCUCUCUCACCAAGGGAAGGUGUCGAAGAACUGAACGCUGAGAGUAAAUUGCCCUGAACCCACUACCACAGUGUAUGAGGGCAAAAAGGCAUUUCAAAUGAAAGACGGUCGCCUAG